AUGCCUUAUCUGGCUGCAAAGCUACUCUAUGUUUUUCUAUUUGCUUGCCAAGGUUCAGCUCCUGUCUAUCUAUCCUUAUUCUACUCUUCUCAGUUGGGAUUAAAAAGUAGUCAGAUCGGUUUACUCGUAGCUAUUGCACCUUUCAUAUCAGCCAUCGCUUGUCCGUUAUGGACGACUAUUGCAGACAAGACAAAGACUCACCGCUACAUCAUGUGUAUUGUUCAUACCUUGGCCACCUUGGCUAUUGUCAGUGUGAUGGGCAUACCUGUCGUGAUUCAGUCUAUAGAUGACGCAAAAGAAAAAGGACGAUUGACUGUGACCUUGGUGACGAUCACCUCAAUAUGCUUUGCAUUCUUUGGCGUACCCGUCGGCCCUUUAGUCGACGGAGGUGUAUUGAAGAUAUUGGGGAGGCAUAAGGAUCAAUAUGGCCGACAACGCAUGUUUGGAUCCAUUUCUUUUGGUGUGGCCUCGUCUCUGGUAGGAUUUAUUACCGAAUGGACAAGUGAUAUGAACGCGAUAUUCUAUAUUUAUGCAUUAUCAGCCAUUUGUUUCAUCUUGGUCGCAGGAAACACUCAAUUCAAGUCAGAGCGAUCACCCCGUCCUUAUUAUUAUCGUACAUCGUCAUCGUCUUCAAAGGUUCCUACAGCAGCAACAUCAUCUGCGAGACCCAAAAUGACAAGAAGUGAUAGUGUAAAGUCAUUUGAAGUGGACCCAUAUGAUGAAGUAGGUAUCGACCUGGAUUCAUCACAGAUUCGACAGAAUGAAAUACAACGAUUGAUCCAGUUUGCUACCGAGUCGAGUAUCAUUGAAGCCGUCAAUUUGUCCAAUCCACCAUCCCAUAGACUGAAUGCAAGACCAUCUCACUAUAAUGAACCAUCCAAUAUGAUUGAACUCUUGAAACGAUCUGAAGUAUCAUUGUUUUAUUUAACCAUGAUGCUGAUGGGUGCAUCAUUAAAUAUGGUUACAAGCUUUCUGUUUAUUUACUUGAAGCAGGAAUUGGGAGCAAGUUCAUCACAGAUCGGUUUAACCGGAUUGAUUGGAUCAUCCACCGAACUGAUCUUUUUCUUUUAUUCUAGAGAUCUUAUUCGCUUGUUUGGUAUCAAGAGUUUAAUCAUUCUAGGGCAUGUAUUAACCGUCAUACGUAUAUUCACAUAUACCAUUCUUCCAAGAACACCCACAGGUGCAAGUGCUGCCAUUGGACUUCACUUGUUAAAUGGUAUCGCAUUUUCUGCGUUAUGGGGUGCAGGCGUCGUUCAAGCAGAUGAAUUGGCGCCUCCUUCAUUACAGGCAACAUCACAAGGUCUUUUAGCUGCCAUGUAUGCAGGUGUUGGUGCUGGAUUGGGAAGUCUAGUGGGAGGAACGAUUUAUGGGAAAUUUGGAUGCAAUGCCAUGUUUUAUACAGUCAUCAGCUUGACAUUGACUAGUUUAGAAUUAUAUUUAGAAACCAAUACACGAUGUGGUAUCAGUGAUAUGGCUCGUUGGCUAUACAAAACAUCCAUCGACAUCUAUAAAUGGAUUCAGCAGUUGAGAGGCAUUGGACAAGCAGUGCCCAGAUGGAGUGGUACAGGAAGGAUUCGUUUAAACGAAGAUUGA